GAUGCUGAUGCUGGCUUCGCCCCUACGCCGCGGCGCCGCCCAUCUCGAUUUGCCAUUGCCAUCGCUCAUGCGCUCUCCAUCCCCGCAUGAAGCCCACAACGACGGCAGCUCUCUUCCUCUCCUCCCGACCUGCCAUUGCCCGCAGCGCAAACAUGCUCUCCACCCUCGCCGGCUCCACUCCCACUCCCACUCCCACUCCCACCAGGGAGAGGGACCCCUUCGCCAUCGCCCAUGCCCUCUCCUCCAUCGCCUACUCCUCGUCUUCCUUCACCUCUCCACCAUCCCUCGCCACGGGCUCAGGGCUCCACGCACAGUGCAUAAAGCUCGGCGUGUCCGCCGACACCUUCACCACGAACCACCUCCUCAUCUUCUACAAGAGGCGCGGCCACCUCGCCGGCGCGCUCCGCGUGUUCGACGAAAUGCCGCACCGGAACCUCGUCUCCUGGACCGCCAUGGUGUCCGGCUCCGUGCGCAACGCCGCGCCUGACCUGGGCCUCCAGCUGUUUGUCUCCAUGCUCGGCAACGGCCUCUGCCCCAACGAGUUCGCUCUCGCAUGCGCGCUCGGUGCUUGUUGCCAGUCAGCGGUGGCCAAUGCCAGGCUCGGCCUUUCCGUUCACGGCCUCGCUGUCAAAGCUGGCCUGGAUGCCAAUCCUUAUGUGGGAAGCUCGUUGAUGCUAAUGUAUGCCAGGCAUGGGCGUACUGCUGCUGCGGAGCACGUGUUUGCAGGCAUUGUUUUCAGAGACCUGGCAUGCUGGAACGCGAUGUUGGAGGCUUAUAUCUCGAAUGGAUACGCAUGUGAUGCGAUGAGGACAGUGGUUCAGCUGCAUCGCUGUGGAAUAACGCCUGAUGUUUUCACCUAUAUUUCAGCUGUAAAGGCUUCUUCGAUCAACAGCGAGUUAAAUUUUGGGCGGCAGCUACAUGGUCUUGGCAUCCACAACAGGUUCGAAUCCAGUACUUCAGUGAUGAACGCGCUUGUUGAUAUGUACUUCAGAACAGGACAGCAGGACAUGGCUGCCGCUAUCUUUGGUAAGAUUCGGCAAAAGGACACUGUCUCCUGGAACACGGUAAUUUCCGGUCUUGCCAAUGAUGAGGAAGUGAAGGCAGCUACAGACUGCUUUGUCGACAUGUCACUAUAUGGUUGUAAACCUAACCAAGUUACAUUAUCUGUCAUGCUGAGGCUCUGUGGUGCUAAGGAGAACACCUCCCUCGGUCUUCAGAUCUUUGGACUUGCCUAUCGUCAUGGCUACUCUGAGAAACUACUUGUAGCGAAUGCGGUCAUCAAAAUGCUGUCUAGAUGUGGUCUGCUCCACUCUGCUUAUGGCUUCUUCAGUAAUCUCAGUGUCAGAAAUAUUAUGACAUGGAACGAGAUGAUUGCAGGCUAUGGUCUGCACAGUAGUUCUGAAGAUGUAAUGAAGCUCUUCCGCAGCUUGCUCUGCUUUGGAUCAAAACCAGAUGAGUUCACCUAUCCAGCUGUUUUGUCUGCAUUCCAACAAGCUCACGACUCAAGAAACCAUGAGCAGAUCCACGCAUGUAUUCUGAAACAUGGGUUUGCUUCAUGUCAGUUCGUCUCGACUUCACUAAUCAAAGUAAAGGCAACCCUUGGUUCAGUUCAUGGUUCACUGAAAGUCAUCGAGGACACUGGCAAGAUGGAUUUGGUAUCAUGGGGAGUCACCAUCUCUGCAUUCUUGAAGCAUGGCCUGAACGAUGAGGCCCUUUACCUUUUCACUUCGUUCAGAGAUGAGUGCACACAGGAGCCUGAUGAGUUCAUCCUGGCUACCAUCCUGAACGCUUGUGCAAACGCAGCAUUGAUAGGCCAAUGCAGAUGCAUUCAUUCCCUCGUUGUCAGGGCAGGGUACAGCAAGCACUUCUGUGUGGCAAGCGCCUUGGUUGAUGCGUAUGCAAAGUGUGGCGAUGUUACUGCUGCUGAAAGUGUGUUCACUGAUGUUUCGUUGGGGACUAAUGACACCAUACUGUACAACACCAUGCUGACAGCUUAUGCCAACCAUGGUCUGAUCCAUCAGGUCCUCGGGCUGUACCGAGAGAUGAAAGAACUUCAACUGGCUCCAACACCAGCUACUCGCCGGCGCCGCGACAUUCCCCCGCCAUUGGUCGCCGUCAGCACCAUCCUCGGCAGCGGCGUCGCUCCGGCCUCCACCGCCAGCGACCGGCCGCCGCCGCUCGGCCUCCACUGCCGGCCGGGCGCCGUCGCCCGUCGCCGAGGUUAUGGUCUGCACUGUAGUCCUGAAGAUGUAAUGAAGCUCUUCCGCAGCUUGCUCUGCUUUGGAUCAAGACCAGAUGAGUUCACCUAUCCAGCUGUUUUGUCUGCAUUCCAACAAGCUCACGACUCAAGAAACCAUGAGCAGAAUAGCAGAUCCACGCAUGGUUCACUGAAAGUCAUAGAGGACGCUGGCAAGAUGGAUUUGGUAUCAUGGGGAGUCACCAUCUCUGCAUUCCUGAAGCAUGGCCCGAACAAUGAGGCCCUUUACCUUUUCAAUUUGUUCAGAGAUGAGUGCACACAGGAGCCUGAUGAGUUCAUCCUGGCUACCAUCCUGAACGCUUGUGCAAACGCAGCAUUGAUAGGGCAAUGCAGAUGCAUUCAUUCCCUCGUUGUCAGGGCAGGGUACAGCAAGCACUUCUGUGUGGCAAGCGCCUUGGUUGAUGCGUAUGCAAAGUGUGGCGAUGUUACUGCUGCUGAAAGUGUGUUCACUGAUGUUUCGUUGGUGACUAAUGACACCAUACUGUACAACACCAUGCUGACAGCUUAUGCCAACCAUGGUCUGAUCCAUCAGGUCCUCGGGCUGUACCGAGAGAUGAAAGAACUUCAACUGGCUCCAACACCAGCUACUCGCCGGCGCCGCGACAUUCCCCCGCCAUUGGUCGCCGUCAGCACCAUCCUCGGCAGCGGCGUCGCUCCGGCCUCCACCGCCAGCGACCGGCCGCCGCCGCUCGGCCUCCACUGCCGGCCGGGCGCCGUCGCCCGUCGCCGAGGUCGGAGGAGCCACGGCGCCUCAUCCUCGGCCCCGCCCGGCCUCUCACCUCCGCCUGGCAACGCCGCCGCAGUUGCCCCGUCGGUCCGCCGCGGUUGCCCUGCUCGCUCGCCUCCGCCCGGCAACGCCGCCGUGAUUACUCCUUUUUUUUUCUUCCAAAAAAAUAAAGGAGAUAAAUAG